UUCUAUAUUUAGUACGCCAUCAUAAGGUAAACUGGUCCAACAGGUCCCACACUUAAAACAAGCAAGCAUAGAUAAACACCUAUUUAAAUGACGUUACACAUAUAUUUUAUUUAUUCAGCGCAAAUGUCCAAAAUUGAGCGACCACCACAUUUUUUUUUGUUCUUUUUUUUCCCUUUUAGUUUUGUUGCGAAAGCUAACAAAAACAUUUAUUUUUUUUAUAGACUUCUUCUGAGAUUCUCAUACCAAGGACACCUUUCCAGGAAGUUAUUUAGCCAGUGGAGUCCAGUCCAGCAUGUCAUGUUUACAAACCCUCAUAACCUCUGGCGUUUCGAUGCUGAUAUGACAGAGUAAAAUGGAUGAUAAGGAUCUCACACAUUUCAAGCUAUUUGUCAAACAAAAACUUUAGAAACUAGCAUAAGCCUCAGGAGAAAUAGAUUUUAAAGAUUAAAGAAAAAAAGACAAUGUUAUAGAGAUAUACUUUUGAAUUUCUAGUACAAUCUUGACAUAAUGCUGAUGGAAAUCUAGGGAUAAUAAAACAUAGGAAUCCACUGGUUGAAUCUGUAACAACUAGCUGUGUUGUAAACCCUUACAGAGAGUAGCGGACAGGAAGUAAUGCAAUGCAAAACCAGGACCAAGCACAAGUGAACUGACUAGCUGCUUAUUGCCCCAAAUGUGGAAGUACAUGUGUUUAUCACACAUACAGCUGACUCAGUCCUUACAGGACAAAUAUGAAUCGAUUUGAUUUUCAAUUUUAUUUCGGACUUUGUCUAGGCUAUUUUAAGACAACAACACCCAUUCUGUUGGAGCUCUGGCUGUAUGUUUGGGUUUGGUGAUCUAUCCAACUCUGUUGAGGACAGUUUCCUUGUACGAUUGCCCUGUUCAUCUUCCCAUCAACCCAGACCAGCUUCCCUGUCUCUGAUACAGAAACGCAUCCCCACAGUGUGAUAAUGCCACCACCAAAUUUUAAUAACGGGGGACGUGUACUUGGGGUCCUCUGUAGUAUUUUGCAGUUUUCCACUACACAGAGCUUUUAAUGUAUGGCAGUAAGUCUAUUCUGGUGUCAUCUGACCAAAACAGUCUUGAAUCAUUCUGGAAGGCACUACAACCCGGGUCAUGGCAUUUAGAAAGAAAAUCAAGAAAACAGUGUUUUAGGAAGUUACAAAGCCACAAUUUAUCUAAGCUGCAUAGCAGCAUGAUGCUUUUAAGUGUCUGUAUGCAGUUGUUCUUCAAGAAUUGCAUUUUAUUUUAGAGCCUAUUAGAGUUCACCUUCGGGAAACUAGACUUGCUCUGAAAUAUGUUCACUUCCUUUAUUAACUUGGAAUACGAGUUACUUUACGUCACACUUUCAGUCACUGUUCAUGAGUUACUUUUGCUCUCCGAGCAAUGAUUAAGCUAAUCUUGUUGGUCAAGUCUAAAUGGACACAGACAUGUGAAGGGGAAGUGUAAAGACUACACUCACACAACCACCACACCUUCAUAGGAAUGACAUGUAUUAUGUAAUUACAAAUGUCUGCUCUGAGUGUUGAUUUGUUUACUGGUUGCUGAGGUGGGGCUUGCACAGGUAUCAAGGGAAGGAGAAAGAAAAACGCAGGGAGUGGAAUCUCCAGCUGUGAUUGUGUGGAGCUCUCUGCCAUAGAUAUUAUAUCUCUAGAGAUUUUAAAGCCACCUGUGACACUCGCAUACUACAAAACCUACAGAAACAGGAACUGAGAUUGCUUUGUUCUUGGAACCAAACAGGAACAGGAAUGCCAGCUUUUUAAAGUGAUAACUAUGGGGCAGUCAAAUGAGCAGUACUCCAAGCGGCGGUGGCUUUUAGCUCUUGUGGGACUAUUCAUGUACCUAGGGGACAUUUGCACAGAUACUGCACUGGUUUUUAGAUAUUUUCACGAGAAGCGCUAUGUUUGGAGUGGAUUGACUGCACUGUUUAUAAUCACUGGGCUGACAGUAAACCAGAUCUUCAGCUACGCCUGGUUUUUAGAAGAUAUGCAUAAAAAUGUCAUGGACAGCAAACCAAAGCGACGGUUUUUAGUCCUGCACAUAUUUGGGAUGGGAAUCCUUCUCAGGUCUUACCACCUGCUUGAACAAGGAUACAAAGAGAUUUGGGGACAAGAAGUGUCACACAAUCCAAAGUCUCCGAAUGGACACCUGAAAGAAGAUGAUGAGGAGGGGACCAGCACCUCGCACCACAAUAAACUGCUUAGCGAUGCUGCCGAUCUGAGCAUGUUGAAGCUUUUCGAGACUUUCCUGGAGAGCGCGCCUCAGCUUCUUUUACAGCUUUACAUACGUCAAAGCCAUGAUGAGUGGUCGGUCUUACAGUAUAUGUCUAUGGUCUUCUCUUUCUUUAAUCUGGCAUGGUCUUUGGUGGACUAUCGGAUCUGGCUGCGCAAAUCCCUUCCCCAGAGUCGAGAAUUGCCCUCAGGCCUCCCCACAGUGGUCUACCUGCUCUACAAACUCUUCACCAUCACUAGUCUCAUUCUCAGCUACAGCCUCCUCCUCUUCCUCAGCAUCUACAGCACAGUAGGCUUUACUUCCCUUUGGCUGCUGGGAACAAUAUGGGCCCACCUGCUUCAAACCGACUUCUGCAAUUCAGGUGUCCUUGAACUGCUGUACCGUGGCGUCAUUGGCGCCAUUCUGGUUUUUACCUUUUUUAACGCUAAAGGUCAAAACACCAAACGGGAAAUGACCGUCUAUUACUUUUUUUGGACUGCUAUAAAUUUCUCAACUCCUUUAUUGAUGUUUUUUUUAAAGCCAGAGUUGAAGACAAUUACAUUUUUCUGGGUGGUUAGUGGCGUAAUCUAUGGCGGUUCAUUGCUGGGGCUGAUUUUGCUGGUAUCGUAUUAUCGCUUCCUGCACCCUAAACAGUGUGAGUUAGAUCAGGUGGACGGACAGGAAAAGGAGAAGACACCUUUAACAAAGAGGACAAGGGCAUUCAUAAAACCUUGACUGAGGUUUUAUCAUAGUGCAGCCACCACCAUGUAUUAUUGUUACAACAUUUCAUGUUUUAGUUGUGUUCAGACUUGUGGCUCAUGAAUGUUAGAUUAGUUUCCAUGUCUUAUAUCAAGAAAUAUGUGAAAAGAUGUGAAAGAAAAAAAGCAAGCACAAGCCGGUGUAGAGUACAGCUGAAAGUUGUUGAGGUUUGAGGAUUUUAGGUUUGAAUUGGGGAGUUUACACAUCAGCACACAACAUGAUUUCCACCAAAAGAAGUCUGCAGAAAUGUUGUCAAUUUUCAGUUGUUUAGAGCUGUAACCGACAUUCUAUACAGGGAUUUAAAAGCUCUCUUCCUGAAAUUCACCACAGUGGAAAAUGACCACUUGUGAAUACCACCCAUCAUGCCACUCAAACUCAAUCUACAGACACUUUUCCCCAUAACAUGUUCUUUGGUCCUUCAAAGUUAUUUCAAGUUAGUGCUAAUUUGGGGGUGGACUGAAGGUGUGUUAAGAUACCGAUAUACAGCAGGACCCUGGUAUUUGCAAAGUUACAGUGAUGCUUUCAAAGGUUCACAUUAAGAGUGCAAGCUGAACAAGUGAUGUGGCUUUUAUACUUGAUGUGUACUUUGCUGCAGUAUUUUCUGAAAAUGAUCCCUAAUAGAGCGUUUAUAUAGAUGCCAAUGCAGAUGAACCUACUCACCCUCCAAAUUGUACAGUUUGAGUGAAAGGUGCCACUCGCAAUCGGUGCUGAGGUACAAAACGUUUUUGACAGCACUUAAGGCCAACUCGACUAUAAACCCAGCUUUAGGAACCAGCAGUUCAUGAAUAACUAAAAUCCAUGAAUACUUGAGACCCUCUCAGAACAGGAUUAUAAUUGAAUUUUUUAAUGUACCUUAAUAUGCAUCAAUAUGCACAGUGGGAACUGUCUCAGUACUACUACAGGAGCAAGCAUCCAUGGUCUUUCCUGUUUUCGUUCCUGGGCAUACAGCCAAUCAGCACCAAAGAACAUAAACUGUGCUCCUGGUUUUGUUGCUUUGUAAACACCAGCCAAUAGUGUGCCAACUAGCAUUGCACCUAGGUAUUUCAGCUUUCAAUCGUCAUUUUCAUUUAAAAAAUUUAGAUUUGCUCAAUGAAAAUAUCGGCAAAUAGGGAGGUUUUCCACAAACACGUUAAGGAGUUAUGUUACACCUUCACCUGUUGUGAAGUCUUGAAUGGCUUUUGUACUCUUAAAAAAAUGUAAACUCAUGGUCAGACUGUUUUGAUAGGGGAGAGAUGCGUUUUUGUUUAAUCUCAGUAUUCUCGUUUAUGUGCUUGUUGGGUAGGUUAUUUUGUUGGUUUAUAUAUUCUGCUUUCUUACGUAGAGUUAUGUAAGUUAAGCUUUUACUUAGACCAACUAGGAGACAUAUCACCUUCAACAGGGACAAUGGCCUUAAACAUAGACCCAGAACUGGAUUAAAACAGUUUAGAUUAAAAAAAACAACUUUCAUUCUUAGAUUGCUUUAUCACAUUUCAGACCUACAAAAAUGGCAAUAUUUAAAAAUUAAUCUUCACUGAUACUCUAUAUCCAACCUGAUUGAAAUUGAGCUAUUUUGAUCUAAAUAUGCACACCAAAUAGCUCAGAUUUCUAACUAAAAAAUAUUUUGAAAACGAUCCGAGUUAGGCGCUCUCACUGUGUUGCCCUUUCUCAUAAGAUCCCAAUAGAAAGAAUUGACACAUGUGGUUGCAAUGUUACAAAAUGUUUUUAAAAAAGUUUGAGUUUGAAUUAAUUUGCAAGACAUUGAACUAGCUCCAAUGUCUUGCUUUUUUUUUUUUUUUUGUAUUUUAAAAGUUUUGUGUGCUUUUUUCUAUUCUACAUCGUGAGUUCUUAUUUACAGGACUGUGUUAUCAAAGGCUUGUUCUCUCAAAUAGCAACAGCAGCGCAGGGAUACUUGGGGGUGUUUAUGUUCUUUUCUGAACUGCUAUAUUAUCAACACAAGAUGGCGCCAUUAUCACAAUGGAUUUUUCGAAUAUGCAACGACAUUGAAUCCAGUUAUUCCAAUUUCUUUCUGACUUUGAGUUACCAGCUGUACCUAUUAUGCCUAUUAGCAUAAAUCAAAAGCAGUGAGCAAUGUUGCACUCUGUUAUUUCCUGUUUUGUACUAUGGUUUUUGUACCACAUAUUAGAAUAAAGUUGAUUGAUAGUCAGUCAUUCAUUCUGAAACAAAAUGUUAGGCAUAUUUAGAUUUUGACCACACUCAUCUCAUUGACCUUCAAUUAAUCUUUAAAUAUCCACCAAACUUCUGCAAUUUUUAUCUUUGCAAAAUGAAAGGAUGGAAAUAUCUCUCCAUCUUUUUGAGGAUUUUGGAGACGGUGUGGACACGGAUGAACAAUGAAGAAAUAAUAAACCAGCACUGAUUUUGUUUUGACUACUAGCAAAAUAUUGUCUUGCUAGAAAAUGAAAGAUGCGAUUUAUUUAUUUUUAGUCAUCCAAGGUAGGAUAAGAUAAUAUGCUGGGGAGUUGGUGUGGAGUGGGGACCUGCUGUGUCCUCUAAAGCUCAUGGUUGUGGGCUCUCAAAUGAGCACAGCCAUCCUCCCUUCUUUUAAUCCAGCCAAGCUCAGAGCUUUCUGAGCUGUUUAUGCCAAGGGACCCCUUGAACCUUUCCUUUGUUGGUUGCGUUUUGUCUGAAACACUCCAUAAAAUUCAAACUCCCAACAAAUUUAACUGAGGAAGUUUUGUUUUUAAGAGGAAAUGAAUCUCUGCCAGGCUCUUAUUUUAUGGUGAAGCAAUAGUGGAUGUACUGACCCCUGCUUGAGCUCUUUUGGUUUAUUACAUGCAGAAAGCCAGGGUAAUGGUUCAAAACCAUUUUCCAACCCAAUACUGACCUAUAACCUGUACAACUCAAUGGAAAGACAAAUAAUAUGUUCUGGAAGAAAAAAAUUAAAAUGGAAAACUUAAAUAUUGUGGUUGCAAAAGUGCACUCUUAGUUCUUUGCAAAAACUCUUAAUUUGGUUCUCAUCAGAAGCCGCCCUGUGACUUAUUUUUCUAAAAUUCUUUCCAAGAAGCUAUUCUUUUUAUGGUUUGGAUGUGUGCUGUGGAUCCUUGUUUUGCUAACAGAUGAAAUUCCUCUUCAUCCACUUUCCGGCAUAAAUUUGAAGGUUUUGUUCAAGCAUCAACUUGUAUGUGAAAAUAUUUCAGCUGUAGAAAAACAAGCUUAAAGCAUGGCCCUGUCACCACCAUGCUUCAUAAUGGUAGUGGUAUUCAUUUGGCAGGGCAUUCCCCACAUGUUUUUGGGACACUAAAUGUCUUUUGAGAACAUUUAGAACAUUUAAACGUUUUCAGAACGUUUGUCCUCCUUAUUGACACUCUACUUCUGAUCAUUGAGAACACAAAAGAUUGUUGUCGCAUGUUCUAGAUAUCCACAUUCCUACAGUGGCUUUAAUGUUGCUGUAUCUCUUCCCAUCUGACCAAGACUUCUUCAGUCAUUUUAUAAAAUGUGAAAGGAAAUCUAGUUCUCGGUACUCACACUCCACUUGAUGUUAACUAUUCUCAGUGUGUCCCAGAGUGUGUGCCAUUGAAACUCUUUGAUGCCCUUCUCCAGACUGAAGGCUUUUCCUGUGGGAUGAAACAAAGAAAAUGUCAUGAGAAGCCUACAAGAUUCAGAUGUUCUUUAAAUGGUCACUGAUCCUAUUUAAGAUGAGCUUGAAUGUGGCGCUUUGUUACAAACAUAGCCAAUAGUAGGAUGUGCAGACAUAUACAACCAUGUUAUUGCAGUUUUUAAUUGACUGUUUUUCUAUCAAAAGAUUUUUCACUGGAGCUACACGGGGUAUAGCUCAUAUUAAAGGAGGAAAUAAUGACAUAUAACAAAAUCCUGGCAUUUCAACCUGGGUGUGUAUAUUAUUUUAUAACCACUGUAUUCACAAAUGUAUAAAGCAGUUAAAAUGUUGAUUCAUAGCAGCUUACCUUUUGGAUUAAAGGGGUUAUUUAUA